UUGAAGAGUCGGUUGGGCCGCGGAGCCCGAGCCGCCUGGAGGGCUGCCAUGUACCCUCUCAGCCAUGGCGAAGAGGAAGCGGCCAAGCAGGACACGAGGAGCAAAGUCUCCUGGCAGGGGGAGGGGAGGCCGGCGCCCGCAGAGGCUGAGCAGAGGGGAAAGGCCAGCGCCCCGGCGGAAGCAGCUCCGCUCAGAGCCGGGCUGCCAUGGACGUCCUGGUCCGAGUGCUGCAGCUGCUGGUGCUGCUUCUGACGCUGCCCCUGCACCUGAUGGCCCUGCUGGGCUGCUGGCAGCCCCUGUGCAAAACCUACUUCCCCUACCUGAUGGCCGCGCUGACUGUCAAGAGCAACCGCAAGAUGGAGCGCAAGAAAAGGGAGCUCUUCGGCCAGAUCAAGGGGCUUCCAGGAGCCUCCGGGAGGGCGGUGGCCCUGCUGGAGCUGGGCUGCGGCACCGGUGCCAACUUCCAGUUCUACCCGCCGGGCUGCAGGGUCACCUGCCUGGACCCGAACCCCAACUUUGAUAAGUUCCUGACAAAGAGCAUGGCUGAGAACAGGCACCUCCAAUACGAGCGCUUUGUGGUGGCCGCCGGGGAGGACAUGAGACAGCUGGCUGACGGCUCCAUGGACGUGGUGGUCUGCACCCUGGUGCUGUGCUCGGUGCAGAGCCCGAGGAAGGUCCUGCAGGAGGUGCAGAGAGUGCUGAGGCCGGGAGGACUGCUGUUUUUCUGGGAGCACGUGGCCGAGCCACGUGGCAGCUGGGCCUUCACGUGGCAGCAAGUCUUGGAGCCCACCUGGAAACACAUCGGGGACGGCUGCUGCCUCACCAGAGAAACCUGGAAGGACUUUGAGAACGCCGGGUUCUCUGAACUCCAAAUGGAACGACAGCCUCCUCCCUUCAAGUGGUUACCUGUCGGGCCCCACAUCAUGGGAAAGGCUGUGAAGUAGCCUUCCCCAAGCCCCCAAGGUGGCCAUCUGGUCCAGCCCAGGCUCCCACCAGCCUAUCUUCCACUGAGA